AAGAAGAGCACAACCAACUACCCAAGAUUUAUCCCUUAAAACACUUCAAUCAUGGCAAACACGGCAAAUCUGAAUGGAGUACUUGAAGCCCUACCAGCAAUUCAAAAGCUUCAUGGCGCCAAAAAAACCCGAAAAAGAUUGGCAUUUACUAGUUUUCUGUGCAAGAAAGAGGAAUUUCAAGAACAGUCAUUACAAACUACAAGAAGGGUUGCAUUAGGCCUUUCCUCAAUAGCACUCUUUGGGAAUUCUGGUAUUGGAAACUCUCUAGCAGAGGACAAUGGUUUCUGGCUCACUAGCCCUAUACCUGAACCACUAAUAUACAACAAAAUUGCAAAUGAGGAGACCGGGACUCGCUCUUUCCUCCAGCAAGGAAUCUUUAUAGCAAAUAUUGAUACGAAAAGCAGGGCAUUUAGGAUAAAGAAAUACGCAUUUGAUCUCCUCGCAUUGGGGGAUAUGAUAGGACAAGAUGCUUGGAAUUACAUUAGGAAAUAUCUCCGGCUUAAGUCCACCUUCAUGUAUUAUGAUUUCGAUAACUUAAUCUCUGCUGCUCCGGUGAAAGAUAAGCAACCUCUCACUGAUCUUGCCAACAAAUUGUUUGACAGUGUCGAAAAGCUUGAAGAUGCUGUGAAAAAACAAAACCUUCCUCAGACACAAUCAUGUUAUCAAGACACUACUGCUAUUCUCGAAGAGGUCAUGAAUCGAAUGGCAUAAACAUUUUAAUGUUAGCUUGUAUUUCAUGGUUAGAUUUCAGGAAUCGAAAUGGCAUACAAUGAUUUGUGCAUUGUAUUUCAUGUCACUUUUACAUCCCAUUUACAAUUUUAAUGU